AUGGCUCCGCUUCUACUCAAAGUCAAAGGCAACAAAUCCUUCAGCCCCUUUUCCAACCUGCACGAUGAGGAAUCGCUCACACGCACCUGGAGGGUAUGCACCAAGGUCGCCGCCCAUCUCGAGCAGGGCCAACGGCUCGAAAAUCUCAGUUGGAGACUGUGGUACCUUCACGACCUCAUGGUGGAGAACGACGAUGUCAAGAGCAGACGCGACUUCAAGAAGCUUUCCAAGAGCACGGGCGAGAAGCUCGAUCGAGACAAAGGUCGUGCUAUUGCCGAACUCACCGCUCCUCCCUUCCGCAAGACUGAUUCAGGCGAGGCGCUCCGUAAGAAGGCAGUUGAGCGUCAAAAGCUGCGUGCGCUCGCGGUGGCCAAGCUCCAGGGCAAGUUCCGCAACGGGGCAAAGCAGAGCAUGAAGGACAUGCAGUACACGUUUGCGCUCGAUCCGACGGUCAACUUCAAGCAGACCACUGUCGGAAACAAGGACGCAUCCAGGGAGUACGCGCAGGCGCAACGUCAGAACGGUCCCGUCGGCACUACCAACAAAUUUUCGCUCAAUUUGUCGCCUCAGACAUCCAACAGCGACACACGCAGCGAUGCGAUGGAAUUCGGUUCAGACACCCAAGCCGAUAGCGCCAUGGUCGUCGACACUGGCGCCUCUUUUGAUCAGAUCAUGGCCAGCGCUGGAAUGAGCGAUAUGGGCAAUGCCUCGGGCGGAUACAGGCUCGAAGACAUUGAAGCGGCCGAACGGGAUCUGCUGCUCAACCAUCACAUCGACCUCGACGCUCCUCUCGACAGCUUGCUAGCAGGACUGGGUAACAUGGAGGAUGUGCAGAUGGAUCUUGCGGAUCUGGGACUGCGCGUAGGCGACUUGCCCAACUUCAAUGCUCCUUUCAACCAGACUUUGGCUGACCUGACGUCGACGACGCCGCCGCCGCCGCAGCAGCAGCAGACUUCCUCGACUGCAUGUUCCACUUUGGCAGGCCCCAGCAGACAAUCCACGGGUCCCGCCAAACUGAAGCAGAUCAGGAGGAAGAAGACCGACCCGCAGCCUGCAAAGGUGGCUUCGGAAUUGGCAAGGAAGAAAGCAGAAGAAUUCAGAACUUUCCGGAAACUGGCGGAGCAGACGCAGCGCACGCAUAUCCAAAAUACUUCGAGACCAGUCUCGAAGGAGCCGUCUCCCGACGAAAGCGUGAGCGGUAGCAGUUGGAGCGGUGGCAACGUCAUCGACGGUGGUCAGAGCGGCGAUGCGCAACCGGACUGGCUCGCUUCGGCCACGUCGCUGUUUGACGCCAAUCAGGGCAACGCUUCGCUAUCGCAAAGCUUGCCUGAAGGCGCGCAUCUGCCUCUGUCUGGAUACGGCAGCAUCGCCAACACGCAGAAUGCGCGAAACGGCCUCCAAAUCGACACGUCGGCGGGUGCCAUGCAACCGCCUCCGUUUGGUGCGAGAGGCACGUCGGUAUCGGUGCCCACCACUCCGUUGCUCGGACCUGAAACUGGGCCGUUCCAGGGUGCCGACCGCCCGGUCGACUCGCUUUCGGCGCCUUCGUCACCCACGUUGCGGCCGACACUGGCCAAUAUUGGCCGAUCUGGAUCGAGCCCUGGUCCUUCCACUAACGCUGGCACGGCGAAGGCGGCGAUGAAGCGUCAUUCGACCGACAACUCACUCACCGGCGGCGGCGAUGGCAUGCCAAAACCGAAAGGACGGGGGCGACGAAGCAUUGCAGGCUCGAUUGCGUUCACUGCGAUCAACCCGGACCUCAACAAGCGGCCGGAGGGUCUACCCGCGGGGAGCAGCACGCCCAGUGCCGCAUUUACCUCGGGCAGUGCUCACCCGACACAGGCGCAAUGCACCAACUGCGGUGCUACGUCAACUCCGCUCUGGCGCCGCGAUCCGAACGAUCUGCUGCUCUGCAAUGCAUGCGGUCUGUAUCUCAAGCUGCACAAGACGCCGCGUCCGAAAAGUCUUAAGAGCCACCACAGCCAUUCGCACUCUGGUCACAUCACUCCAUCGGCUACACCGGGAGGCGCCUCCGCGCCUGGCUCGAGGGCGGGAUCACCGUCGCGCCCUGGCUCGCCAGGUGCAGAGGAUAUGAUGUCAUGCUUCAACUGCGGCACGUACACGACGCCGUUGUGGCGCAAGGACGAUGCGGGGCACACGGUGUGCAAUGCGUGUGGACUGUAUCUGAAGCUGCACAACGAGCAUCGGCCGGUGACAAUGCGCGCGGAUGUGAUCAAGAAGCGCUCGAGGUAUGAUGAGAAGAGGGGCCGGGUGUCGGCGGUCAGCUCGAGGCGCACGUCGCCGCAGCCGCAGGGCGCGACCGAGGGAUCAGCGGCGUCGAGGGUGGAGGAGUCGAUGGCGGUGGACAGACCGGCGGCGGCGAGGGCAAAGUCGCAUUCGGUAACGUUCAGACUGCAUGGGGAUGUGGAGGGGGCCGAGGCGAGUGCGGGUGGCGAUGCGGUCUCGGUUUCGGCGCCGGGGUCUGCGAGGUUCCCGGAAUCGGGAUGGCCGUCACUGGGGCUCGGUGGAGGAAACAGUGGUGGUGGAGAUGCGAAUCUUGCGACUCAGCUGAACGAUGCGUUUGCGACGGCGGUAAACCGGUUCUCGACUGGCGUGCCGUUGCACCAGCAGCAGCAGGGGGCUGGUGCGUCACCCGCGUCUGGCGUUGGGUCCGGUGGGGCCCCUGAUGCGCGGUUCGGCUGGGACGUGUGGUCCCAACAGCAGCAGCCGCAGCCUCCCCAGCAACAGCAACAGCGAUCAGGCCCACCGUCAAUGUCCGACUCGAACAGCACGCAGGAAUCGUCGAGCGCCUCCGCCUCCGCCACCUCGCCUCCCAUCUCUGUCGCCCAGCCCGGCCACACGGACAUCCAGACUCUGUCGGCUGCGUUUUCGGCGCACCCGGCGCUGGCGUAUGCGGUGCACCAAGCUGCCGAGAAGUUUCCCGCGUUCUUUGCGCAGAACCCGUUGGGGGCCACGGCGUCGGUCGCUGCGGCUGCGGGGAUUCAUGUUCCGUUUGGCGCUGGUGUUGCUGCUGGAUUUGCAGCGAACGGCGGUGGUAGCAGUGGCAAUGAGGGUAGUAGCGGAGCGGACGAGGUCGAGAUUCCGGUGGAUGUUGUCGGGGGCGUAGGCACGCCGAGCAACUUGGGCAAUGGCAGUGACAGUGUGAUGCUGGAUCUGGCGGGGACGCCGGGUGGGAUGAGGCCGGGGAGCAGCGGCGGCACUGCGAAUGGGAACGGGAUUGGUGCCAGGAGGGAUAGUGAUUUCGGGCGGUUGCUGGGUGGUGCUGGAAGUGGAAGUGGUGGUAGUGGGGGCACGGUAGGGUCAAGUGUGGAUUUGGGCGAAGGGGGCACGCCGCAGGCCGGGAGCUGGUGGUGA